CCUUACAAUUCCCUGGUGACUAGAAACUCGGCUUCUUUUCAGACGCCCAAGUAGAGCAAGCUUUGGGUUCACCUCGAGGGUCCCCUUCCCUAAGCUGCCGUGGGCCAGGCUCCUGCUGCCAGCCUGGUCCGGCAGGAAGUGGGUAGCCCGCAGCCUCUGGACACCCCUGGGCCCCGCACUCCGGCCUCUAUUUCCGGUGCCCGGCCAGCUCGGGGGUCUGGCCCGCCGGCCCCCUUGGGGCACUUCACGUUCCCCUCGGCCCCUACAACCGCCGUACGCUGCGGAUCCCGAUGGCGGCCUCCAGACACGGACGUCGCCGGUCAGGGGCCGGGCGCAGUCGGCUCGGGUUUUCGAGCCUCGUUUUCCUUGGGGGGCUCUCGCCCCAUCUCAGAUUGCCGGUUCUCGCCCCUCUGGGGAGGUCGUAUUCUGGAAGAACUCUUACCCUGCUGCUUAGGGCCAGGACUGGGGCAGCGUGAAGGCUGAAUGCGUUCUGGUCUUUCCUAGGAAAUCUGCCGCUGUGAAUCUGUGCCUUGAGGCAGGGGCACCGAGGAAGCCUUGCUAGUGAGAACUGGCUGCGGUUUCCAGCGUGGGGAAGUGAGGGGGCCGGCUAAUGUCUGGGCCCCCGCUGGAGCACUUAACGCCUAAGUAGGGACCUCUGCAGGCAGGGCUUGGCGGGAAGACUGUUUGACCCAGGCCUUUGGUCCUGAUGGGCGUUAAAUUCACUCUUUGGAAACUUGUUUCAAGUGAGGUGUGCGUGUAGACAGCAGGAACCCUGACCAGGUCUGAACACUUCCAGCCAGAUUUGUGAACCUGGUUUUGCCAUUUCCCUGCCCUUGUUUUCUCUGUCUAACCAACCUCUAUGGUUGUGCCAGGUCAGUUUUGAUUUGGGCUCUUGGGGUGGGGUGGGGUACUUGGGUUUCUGUACCAGGAGUUUAUGGUUCAAACCACUUCUUAACAGGGGAUGUGUCUUGUGGGAGGAAACCAUAGGUCUCCCUCUCCCCCAAGAUACCUUAGUAUUUAAAAUGGAAGUGGAAUUACGAAAGUACCAGGCUUCAUGACAUUAGGCCCCAACAAGAGAAGUUUGGGCCCAGCCUUAUUUACCUUGAUGGUGAGAACUCCUCCUCCACUGACUUGUUUAUGGCCUUAGGCAAGUGUGUACUGCCUGUCUGCAUCUGUGGACUAGGAUUAAUAACACGGGUUAUAAACUAGCAGUGGGUUAAAUGAGAAUAUGUCUACCAUGUAAAGGCUCAAAUGUUAGCAUUGUUAUCAGCUAAUUUAGCUUGGUUUUCUCACUCCUGCUAAUCAGCUACUAAUUAUAUAACGUGCUUUACAUUAUCUCAGUUAAUCCUCGAGUUUUUAAGAGUAGCUGCUGGGUAGUUCACUGCUAGGAAGCAGGGAUUCCUGCCUAGGCCUGCUUUUUGCCAAAGCCCUUCUCUUUGACUAGGGGCUGGUUGUGAAUGGGCUUAGGUGCUCUAUUUGGCCCACACAAAGUGUUUUGUAUGGCUGAAUUCAAAUACCUUUAGGUGAGCCCUGGUGGUGCAGUGGUUAAGUGCUCAGCUGUUAAUCAAAAGGCCUGUGGUUCGAUCUCGCCAGCCGCUCCAUAGGAGAAAGAUGCGGGAGUCUGCUUCCACAAAGAUUACAGCCUUGGUAACCCUAUGGGGCAGUUCUACUCUGUUUUUUAGGCUUGCAUAGAGUUAGAAUCGACUCUAUGGCACCAGGUUUGGUUUUUUGGUUUAGAUGAAUCUUACAAUCCACCAUUCACCCCGGGUUCCAUAUUACUUUGAGCUAGAAUUGCCCACCGAGGUAUGAAGUUUUGAACGCCUGCUUUAGGCCGUGUGGUGGUAAUUGAAAUGUCAGUUUAUGCGACCCUCUCAACAACUUUUUUUUUUUUAAUUUACAUUUGGAAAUACUUUACGGUACAAAAAAAUACACGCAUAAACAUGACAUUGAAACUUAGAUUUGUAAAUAGCAGUAUAACUUCUUGAUUUAGUGAAGUUAGUAGAGAAGCAUAAUCUAUAAGAGGUACAUAAGUUGAGUAGAAUAUUCCAGGAGCUAAAUUAGGCCUGGUCCUCAUUAGGCUGCUCUUGCAGUUUCUGUCCCUUCUGCGAACUUGUGCUUAUAUGGCAGCUUCCUUUUUAAACUCAGAUAUGACUCCAUUAGAUGUACGAUGAUACUAGAAAGAAUUUUCACGUUUGGAUUUUUAAGUCUUUGAGUUCUUUUUGGAGUAUAAUAUACUCCUUGCCUUUCAGGGCGAGCCACAUCUUUCCACUGAGUUUUUCUUAUUCUGUCUAAGCCAUCAUUAUUUGCACAGAAAUUGCGAUCUUCUCCUGUUGGUCUUCCUGCCGCCACUCUGACCCUGAGGCAGGUCUGUUUCCUAGAGUGUGGAAACUGAUCCUCUUAAAACACAAAUUGGAUCCAGUGGUUUUCCUGCCCCACACACUGCCUGGUGCACUUGGCACAAAGUCCAGACUCCCUGUCCACUUGCCUGCCUAAUCGCGUGCUCUUCUCAUGAGCCACACAGGCCUCCCCCUUUGAGGUUCUCACCCAACCUGUGCAGAGGGAGCAGCCUGAGACUGGGCUCCACCUUCCUCUUUGAAGCUGGCUGCUGUCAUUUUGGAAACCCUGGUGGCGUAGUGGUUAAGUGCUACAGCUGCUAUCCAAAAGGUUGGCAGUUCGAAUCUACCAGGCGCUCCUUGGAAACUCCAUGGGGCAGUUCUACUCUGUAUGGGGUCACUAUGAGUCGGAAUCGACUCAGUGGCAAUGGGUAUGGUUUUGGUUUUUUACUGUCCUUUCAUCUUUGAGACCACUACUCAGAAAGACUCUUCCCCUCCUCUGAAAUAUGAAGGGUUUUGAAUUCUGUCAGCACACCCAGUGUGCUGCUUUUGCAACCCUGGAGUUAAUGACUAUUUCAGGGACUGUUGUCAGACUGUGUUUGCCUUUUUCAUUGUAUCUGCAGCCUGGGGCACAGUAGCCUCUCAGAUGUUUGCGUGCCAGAGUUUUCCUUUUAAUGAAGCCUCGAUUUACAUACUGAUAUUAGCAACCUCCUUAGCACAACUCUGAUUAGCCUUUACAAUUAUCAUAGGUUUCUUAUCUGCUAUUUAUUCUGUGAUUAGAUCAAGCAAGGCCUUGAAAUUCUUAACUCAAGUUCCGUGCUCCCUACCAGUAGGCAUUGAAAAGGACAAAACUGAUUUAUCUUUUCAAGAACUGCUACCCUGCAGUGGGAUUUAAAGGCAGACUACUUGGGUUCAAUUCCGCUGACCACUCACCAGCUGUGUGACCAAGUGAUCUAACCUCUGGGUGCCUUGUUGUCUUCAUCUGUAAAGUGGGAUUGCCUUCACCUGUAAAAUGCUCCACAGGGGUGUCAUGAAGACUUACUGAGGUGAUAGGUGUAAAAGGAGUUAGGGCAGCACCCUCACAGAAGCCCCUAUCACUGGAUGUCAUAUGUUCAGCUGAAUAUCAGUUCCCAUUGGGGAGCAUAAUUUAAAGUACAGACAGGCAGAUCUGACGCUGAGGCAGCGUCAGGUAUCUGAUGCUGAUGUGUGCCCUGUGGAAAUGAGGUAAAUGAAUGUCUGCUGCUCAUCCCAUCCUUCCUUUCUGGUAGCACAGUCUCCGCUCACUAUUUCUGCUGCUCCCUUAGCUUGUGUUCCUACUCUCGAUUAGAAGUUUUUCUCUUAAGGAUAGAGGUGGCUUUCUAUCGUCUUUCUUAGUAUCUUGAUUCUUAAAUCUUUGUAUCUUUGGCUUUCGUGAUGCUGUUUACAACCAGGAGGGCUUUUUUUUCCAGAUUUUUUUCCCCUUUUCCUGUAUUCCUGGACCCUCAUCUCUUCCAGUCCUAGGACUUUUGGCCUCAGCGAUCAGGCUGCUGGCUGGAGAUGGCUACCUACAUUUUUAAUGUCUUUCCUGAGAGCCAUUCCUAGUUUCUAGCUGAUGAAUGGCCAUCUAGACCACUACUGUAAACCAGGACACAUCACUCCUGAAACUCUUCUCCUGCCUGGUCUCUUUCCUCCCCAACAAAAAGUUCUGAAUUUCACAGGUUCAUGUAUUAGUAACAAAUUAACCACAAACAUGGUGGCUUAAAUAAAACAACAUAAAUUCAUUAUCUUAUAGUUCUGUAGGUCAGAAGGUCCAGUACUGAUUUCACUGGAUUAAAAUCAAGGUGUCGUUUGGCAGGCUGCAUUUUCUUUCUGGAGGCUCUACGAGAGAAUCAGUUUCCUGCUCAUUUGAGUGGUUGGCAGAAUUCAGUCCCUUACCAUUAUAGGACUGACAUCCCGUUUUCUUGCCGACUACAAGCUAAGGGUCUUUCCUGAUUCCUAAAACCCAUUGCUAUCAAGCUGAUUCGGACUCAUAGUGACAUAUAGAGGUUACCAAAUCCCUGGGCUUGUGGCCCCCUUCCUCCAUCUUCAAAGCUGACAGUGGUGGGUGCGGUCCUCACACCACAUCUCUCUCUAACUGCACCUGGGAAGAUUCUGCUUUUAAGGACUCAUGUGAUUAGAUUGGGUCCCCUGGAUAAUCUAGGAUAAUCUCCCCGUCUCAAGGUCCGUAACCUUAGUCAUAUCUGCCAAGUCCUUUUCGCCAAGGAAGGUAACAUUCACAGGUUUCUGUGAUUAGGGUGUGGGCACCUUCGAAGGGCCAUUAUCCUGCAGACCACAGAUGUGCAGUAGUAUUUACCCACCUCACCUACCAUUCAGCCAGCCUCAGGAUGAAAGGCUGACAGAACUUGGCAGCUUCUCUGUGUGGUCUCUGCUCUUGCUGCUACAGCCACAUUUCAGACCAGCGGUUCUGAUUUAGCAAUGUUAGAGCAACUUAACAUUUUUAAAGCUCUUCCUAUCCAGUCUGUAGUGUCCAUUUCUGUCUGCCAGAUUAAUUUUCUUAAAGUGUGGCUCUGAUAUUGUGGCUUCUGCCUCCCCUGUGACUCCUUGGAUGGUUUGUUACUAUGGAACAAAAUUGAUGAUUUUUAGCCUGCUCUUUCUGACCUUCCUCUGAGUGACCUCUCUCUGGACUUGCCUUUUCUACCCUGUGUGUCAGCACAUGUGUGUUUGUUUCCUGGGUAUACCCUGAACCUCUUCCCUGCUGUGGGACACUCCUGUUGGUACACCUCCCUCUGCUCAGUUACACAGGGCUCUCAGCUGUCUGAUACUUUCUCUUCCAAAACCCUCAGAUUUUAAUGGUAUUUGUCUGCCUUCUUCAUGGUCAUGCAUGCCUUAUCUCCCUUAUAAGACUAAAUCUCUGAGGGAAGGAACUAGGAGUGAAUCAUGGGCUCUUGGGCUGGAAUACAUCUAAGGUGGUUUUUUCUUUUAUCAUGGCUGCUGUUCUUGAGUACUCUGCUAGCUCCUUAACACCCAUCUCUAAUUCUCCUGGUUAGGAAGAUAAAGCAGAUAUGAGGUGGUGUCAUCACAAUUUUACUGGGGAAGGAUGGAAUCACAAGUUAAGGGGAGGAGAAGCUCACUGCUGAGCAGCCUCCAUCCUGUCAGCACUUCUGGCUCUUCUGUGCCUGCCCCGUGCUCCAGUCUUCACCGGGCAAGACAUCCUAGGCAUUCUGAAGAUUUCUUUCUCUUUUUGUCAGGCUAAAUGUCCCAGCUCAUAGGAAGGGUGGAGAGAAUUCAGAGCCACAGAUCUGUGUGCCCACAUGAGGAGUGAUCAGCACUCUGGAAGGGCACCUUGCUGGGCUUCACAGUCAGUGAACUCUUGAGGUAACCUCAGGACCAAGGCACCGUCCGGUUGCUUGAGUUAGGAGCUGUGUCCUGCCCCAAAUUUAGGAGCAGAAUAACUGAGAAGUCAGAUGCAGUGCUACUUGAGCAGCAUGUGUGCCUCCGGCUUUAAGUGCUGAGUUUUGUGGCUGUCCUGGUGUAGGGCUCUCCCAGGACCUGAGUUCCAGCUGGGAUGGAAAGAAUUUUGCCAUGUGCUCCUGGAAAUCUUAGCUCCCAAUAUCCUUGAGUCUAAAUCAUACAGUGUUACCACUGUAUCCGCAGGGUGCUAAGUGUCUUUUUCUGCAGAAGGGCUUUUCCUGAGUACCCAGCAAGUCGGGAGGUCUCUGCCUGGUGGCACCGACAUCUACUCACCAGGUUACUGCCUCGAGCGGGGUCUGGCAUGCAGUAGGCACCCACAGAUGUGAGUGGCGCUCGAAGUUCGCAUGCACUCGGAGCAGCCACUGUGUGACAUCAGUCCAGCAAAGCCCAUCACUCCUGGUUUUGCUGCUUAUACUUGCCUUCUGGAAAUACCAACCUAGAAGAGCUCUGUUUCUGCACUUCAGGCUAGUGAUAACAGCACCUGGUCUGUGUGCUGGCUGGAAGGGUAGAGAGAUGGAAAAGGCUGGGUCCCUGCCCAGGGUGCUCCCCCUUCCCUAGCAGACGCUCACCCAGCUGGUUAAACCUGUUCACACCGCACUGCCUGCAGUCAGCACCUAGACUAGGAGCAACAGCCUCUCAAAUCAUCUCCCUUUUCUUGGCAUCUUAUUUGUUUUCCCCUUACCUCUUUAAAAGACAAGACACUAGUCUUCAAUAAUCAGUGAUUUUCCAGCCAAACUCAUGACAGUUCUGUACUUCUGAACACUUAGGUACAAAUAUUCCUAAGAGUGAACUCUCUUUGGUUAGAUGCCAGCCACCUUUUCUAACUUCCUCUCUCUGUCUCUCCUGCACAUGGGCACCCUCUGCUACCCCAGAUGCCUUGACUCCCCCAUUUCAUACAUUCCUUAUUGGAAUGCUGCCACCCCCAGCUCAGCCUUUGGGAAUGUUAGCUUAGUGUUCCCCACAGUAUUCUGUGGCCCUGGGUCACUUAUUCUAACAGGGCCACGCUGUGGCACACCCUUUUAUAGGCUCUUGCUAGACCCAAAUAGAGGGAGACCAGCUGUAUGUCAUUUAACUGGCAGGAGGAUUCCAGCUGUGUGACCUGCUCCCCUUUUCUGGUGCUGUAAAAAUAAUAUAUAUUCUGUUAGAGAGCUCUUAUAUCACCUCUCACCAUUAUCAGAAAAAACCGCCUUCAAGUAGGGGGUCCUCAUUCAGGUCACAAAUGACUUAGUGUGUAGGCUUUACAGUAGGAUGUUCUAAACAUUGGAGGGAGAAAAAAGUCACUUUUUUUUUCUAACAUUCGUAUGUGUCAAAAGAAACCUGGGUGGCACAAGCAUUUUGCAAUCAGUUGCUACCCUAAAAGUAGCAGUUCAAACCUACCUCGCAAUUCCGUGGAAGAAAGUCCUGGCAGUCUCUUUCUGUAAAGAUUAUAGCCAAGAAAACCAUAUGGAGCAGUUCUGCUCUGUAACAGAUGGGGUUGCUGUGAGCCAGGGCUGACUUGAUGGCAACUAACAACAUAUGUGUUAAACUUAUUUUCAGAGUUGAUUAAGUGUGGUAUUAAUUCUUUUAUUUUUUUAUUGUGGUAAAAAUAUACACAGCAAGGAAUACACCAAUUUAACAAUUUCCACAUGUAUAUAAUUCAGUAACAUUGAUUACAUUCUUCAAGUUGUGCAACCAUUCUUGCUAUCCUUUUCUAAUUCCACUACCAUUAACAUAAACUAAGGAAAACCUUCCCCUUUUCCCCCAAAAUUAAUUGUUUUAGGUUUAAAAAAAAAAAUAAAGUUGUGUAAUAAGCGUUUCUUUCUUCCCCCAGGCUCAAAGAUUUGGAAAGAGAUAGCUUAACGGAAAAGGAAUGUGUGAAGGAGAAAUUGAACCUCUUGCAUGAAUUUCUGCAAACAGAAAUAAAGAAUCAGUUAUGUGACUUGGAAACUAAAUUACAUAAAGAAGAAUUAUCCGAGAUUUGUCCUUGGAGAAUGGAGCUCAUGCUCAGGAAGUGAAUGGAUGUCUAGAAAACGGGAGCCAUACGAGUAAUGAAGAUCGCAGAAUGGCAGAGGCAAACAAACCCUCCAAGCCUGUUUCAAAACCUCGCACGUCCCGAAGAAGCAAGUCAGAUGGAGAGACUAAGUCUGACGUUUCACCUAGCCCCAGGAUUACAAGGAAAACUACCAGGCAGACCACCAUCACAUCUCAUUUUGCAAAAGGCCCUGCCAAACGGAAACCCGAUGAAGAGCCUGAAAAAUCAAAAUCAGAAGAUUCUGUUGAUGAAGAAGACAAAGACCAGGAUGAAAAGAGACGUAAAGUUACCUCCAAAGAACCUGUUGCUGGACCUCUCCCUGCAGAAGAGCUGGAAAGAGUAAAACCAGGAACUCAUAUCGACAAGGAAGAAGAAAGAGAUGAAAAAGAAGAAAAGAGACUCAGAAGUCAAACCAAAGAACUAACAUCUAAACAGAAACCUAAGGAGGAGCCGGACAGAGAAGCAGUACCAGGAACUCAUGCUGAAAGGGAUCAAGAAGGAGACGAGAAAGAUGAAAAGAGGCGCAGAAGUCAACCUAGAGAUUUGGCUGCCAAACGGAGACCUGAAGAAAAGGAACCUGAAAGAGUAAAACCGCAAAUUUCUGAUGAAAAAGAUGAGGAUGAGAAGGAGGAGAAGAGACGCAAAACUUCAUCCAAAGAACUAACUGAGAAAAAAGUGUCUCGAACCAAAACAGUAGUGUCCUCCAAGACUCAUCCCCCGAAGUGUGUUCAGUGUGGACAGUACCUGGACGACCCCGACCUCAAGUAUGAACAGCAUCCCCUUGAUGCAGUAGAUGAGCCACAGAUGUUGACAAAUGAGAAACUGUCCAUCUUUGAUGCCAAUGAAUCUGGGUUUGAGAGUUACGAGGCUCUUCCCCAACACAAACUGACAUACUUCAGUGUUUACUGUAAGCACGGUCACCUGUGCCCGAUUGACACCGGCCUCAUUGAGAAGAAUGUCGAGCUGUUGUUUUCUGGCUCAGCAAAACCAAUAUACGAUGAUGACCCCUCUCUUGAAGGUGGUGUUAAUGGCAAAAAUCUUGGCCCCAUAAAUGAAUGGUGGAUCACUGGCUUUGAUGGAGGAGAAAAGGCCCUUAUUGGCUUCAGCACCUCAUUUGCCGAAUAUAUCCUAAUGGAUCCCAGCCCAGAGUAUGCACCGAUAUUUGGGCUGAUGCAAGAGAAGAUCUACAUAAGUAAGAUAGUAGUUGAGUUUCUGCAGAACAAUCCUGACUUGACCUAUGAAGACCUGAUCAAUAAGAUUGAGACCACUGUUCCUCCCUCUGGACUCAACCUGAAUCGAUUCACAGAGGAUUCUCUCCUUCGACACGCCCAGUUUGUGGUGGAACAAGUAGAGAGUUACGAUGAAGCUGGGGACAGUGACGAGCAGCCCAUCUUCCUGACCCCCUGCAUGAGAGACUUGAUCAAAUUGGCUGGGGUCACCCUUGGACAAAGGCGAGCUGAAAGACGGCAGACCAUUAGGCAUUCUGCCAAGGAGAAGGAUAAAGGACCCACCAAAGCCACCACCACCAAGCUGGUCUACCAGAUCUUUGACACUUUCUUCGCAGAGCAAAUUGAGAAGGAUGACAGAGAAGACAAGGAGAAUACCUUUAAACGUCGGCGGUGUGGCGUCUGUGAGGUUUGUCAACAGCCUGAAUGUGGCAAGUGUAAAGCCUGUAAGGACAUGGUUAAGUUUGGUGGUAGUGGACGGAGCAAACAAGCUUGCCAAGAGAGGAGGUGUCCCAACAUGGCCAUGAAAGAGGCAGAUGACGAUGAAGAAGUCGAUGACAAUAUCCCAGAGAUGCCAUCACCCAAAAAAAUGCAUCAAGGGAAGAAAAAGAAACAGAACAAGAAUAGGAUCUCUUGGGUUGGAGAAGCCGUCAAGACUGAUGGGAAGAAGAGUUACUAUAAGAAGGUAUGCAUUGAUGCGGAAACCCUGGAAGUGGGGGACUGUGUCUCUGUUAUUCCAGAUGAUUCCUCAAAACCGCUGUAUUUAGCAAGAGUCACGGCCUUAUGGGAGGACAGCAGCAAUGGACAGAUGUUUCACGCCCACUGGUUCUGCGCUGGGACAGAUACAGUCCUGGGGGCAACGUCAGACCCUCUUGAACUGUUCCUGGUAGAUGAAUGUGAGGACAUGCAGCUUUCUUAUAUUCAUAGCAAAGUGAAGGUCGUUUAUAAAGCCCCGUCGGAAAACUGGGCCAUGGAGGGAGGCAUGGACCCCGAGCCCAUGAUGAAGGAGGACGAUGGAAAGACCUAUUUCUACCAGUUGUGGUAUGAUCAAGACUAUGCAAGGUUUGAGUCCCCUCCAAAAAUUCAGCCAACAGAGGACAACAAGUACAAGUUCUGUGCAAGCUGUGCUCGAUUGGUUGAAAUGAGGCAAAAAGAAAUUCCCAGGGUCAUGGAGCAGCUCGAAGACCUGGACAACAGGGUCCUCUACAGCUCAGCCACCAAGAAUGGUAUCCAGUACCGAGUGGGAGACGGCGUGUACCUCCCACCUGAAGCCUUCACGUUCAACAUCAAGCUGUCCAGCCCUGUGAAACGCCCCCGGAAGGAGCCUGUGGAUGAAGAUCUGUACCCGGAACACUACCGGAAAUACUCCGACUACAUCAAAGGUAGCAACCUGGACGCCCCUGAGCCAUACCGAAUUGGCCGGAUAAAAGAGAUCUUCUGUACCAAGAAGAGUAAUGGCAGGCCCAAUGAGACAGACAUCAAGAUCAGGCUCAACAAGUUUUACAGGCCAGAAAACACUCACAAGUCCACUCCUGCGAGUUACCAUGCAGACAUCAACCUGCUUUACUGGAGUGAUGAGGAGGCUAUGGUGGACUUCAAGACUGUGCAGGGCCGCUGCACCGUGGAAUAUGGGGAGGACCUGCCCGAGUGUGUCCAGGACUACUCGGCAGGAGGCCCAGACCGCUUCUACUUCCUCGAGGCCUAUAAUGCGAAAAGCAAAAGCUUUGAAGAUCCUCCAAACCAUGCCCGGAGCCCUGGAAAUAAAGGGAAAGGGAAAGGAAAAGGGAAAGGCAAGGCAAAGUCUCAGGCAUGUGAGCCAAGUGAGCCAGAGAUGGAAGUCAAGCUGCCCAAGCUUCGUACUCUGGAUGUGUUUUCUGGCUGUGGGGGCCUGUCAGAAGGAUUUCACCAAGCAGGCAUCUCCGAAACACUGUGGGCCAUUGAAAUGUGGGACCCUGCGGCCCAGGCAUUCCGGCUGAACAACCCCGGGUCCACGGUGUUCACAGAGGACUGCAACGUCCUGCUGAAGCUGGUUAUGGCUGGGGAGGAGACCAACUCCCGUGGCCAGAGGCUGCCUCAGAAGGGAGAUGUGGAGAUGCUGUGUGGUGGGCCGCCCUGCCAAGGGUUUAGUGGCAUGAACCGCUUCAACUCUCGUACCUACUCCAAGUUCAAAAACUCCCUGGUGGUCUCAUUCCUCAGCUACUGUGACUACUACCGACCCCGCUUCUUCCUCCUGGAGAAUGUCAGGAACUUUGUCUCCUUCAAGCGCUCUAUGGUCCUGAAGCUGACCCUCCGCUGCCUGGUCCGCAUGGGCUAUCAGUGCACGUUUGGCGUGUUGCAGGCUGGCCAGUAUGGCGUGGCCCAGACGCGGAGGCGGGCCAUCAUCCUGGCCGCGGCCCCCGGAGAAAAGCUCCCCCUGUUCCCAGAGCCACUGCACGUGUUCGCACCCCGGGCCUGCCAGCUGAGCGUCGUGGUGGACGACAAAAAGUUUGUCAGCAAUAUAACAAGGUUGAGCUCGGGCCCGUUCCGAACCAUCACAGUGCGGGACACAAUGUCUGACCUCCCUGAGGUCCGGAACGGCGCUUCAGCGCUGGAAAUCUCUUACAAUGGGGAGCCUCAGUCCUGGUUCCAGAGGCAGCUCCGGGGCACACAGUACCAGCCUAUCCUCAGGGACCACAUCUGUAAGGACAUGAGUGCGUUGGUGGCUGCCCGGAUGCGGCACAUCCCUCUGGCCCCGGGCUCAGACUGGCGUGACCUGCCCAACAUCGAGGUGCGGCUCUCUGACGGCACCAUGGCCAGGAAACUGCGGUACACCCAUCAUGACAGGAAGAAUGGCUACAGCAGCAACAGGGCCCUCCGUGGGGUCUGCUCCUGCGUGGAAGCAGGCAAAGCCUGUGACCCCGCAGCCCGACAGUUCAACACCCUCAUCCCCUGGUGCUUGCCCCACACCGGGAACAGGCACAACCACUGGGCAGGCCUCUAUGGACGACUCGAGUGGGAUGGCUUCUUCAGCACGACUGUCACCAACCCUGAGCCCAUGGGCAAGCAGGGCCGCGUGCUUCACCCAGAGCAGCACCGUGUGGUGAGCGUGCGGGAGUGUGCCCGCUCCCAGGGCUUCCCGGACACCUACCGGCUGUUUGGCAACAUCCUGGACAAGCACCGGCAGGUUGGUAAUGCCGUGCCGCCGCCCCUGGCCAAGGCCAUUGGCUUGGAGAUCAAGCUCUGUGUGUUGGCCAAAGCUAGAGAGAGUGCCUCAGCUAAAAUAAAGGAGGAGAAAGCUACUAAGGACUAGUUUUGCCCUCCGUCACCCUCGUUUCCGGCACCAGGAAUCCCCAACAUGCACUGAUGUUGUUGUAUUUUUAACAUGUUGAAAUCUGUUGGUCCAAAUGUGUUGUACACGGUGUUUGUGGCCUUGGCUGACAUGGAGCUGUCCUGUGAGGUUCGCUUCUCAGUAACUACGUAGUGAUCGAACUGCAGUACUUUGUGCGUUCUGGAUUUUAAAGGUUUUUUAUUAUGCAUUAUAUCAAAUCUACCACUGUGUGAGUGGGAAUUCAGACUUUAUGUAGUUUUUAUAUGUUGUAAUAUUUCUUCAAAUAAAUCUCUCCUAUAAACCACCCUGGGUGGUGACUCGUGAUUUAGCCAGUGAGGGGCUUCAGGCUGCCUCUGCUAAGGCUGGAGGGGAAAGGGCUUGGCAGUGCUAGGGGACCUCACGGAGGUGUCUCUGAAGUAGAUCACUCUGUGUCUUGUGGUAUGCCUUUGAGGGUAGGGGUGGGGGAUAAGUUGUGUGACUCAGUUCUAGCCAAUGAGAUGCAAGUAGAACUUGCUAGUGUGGUUUCCAGGAAAGCCAUUUAAAGGAACAGUCUGGGCUGGCCUCUCCCAUGGCCUUGUGGACCUUCUUUGGUCUGGAAUGGGCUGUGGUGCCUGGUGGUGCAGCAGCCAUCUUAUGACCACGAGAACGGAGGACAAAAGCCCCUGCAGUGGAUGAUGGAAGCUAAAAGAAAAAAGGAGUCACCAUCGAGCUGCCCUCCAGACCCUGGCCUGCCCACCUCCAGGUGGAAACCCCUUAUUGCUAAGACUCUGUUAGUUGGGCUUUCUGCAGCUUUCAGGUAAACCCAAUCCUGCUGAAUUCCAAGGCUAAUCAGCCUUUUCUUAGGUUUGUCUUCGGGAAAAGACUUGCUGUAAAAUGCCACCAAAGCAGAAGACCUCAAAGAAGUGUCAGUCACCAGCACGCAUGACCCAGAGGGCCACUGAUAGGAUGUUGAGUAGCAACCCUACGUGUGAUUUAAUGGGUGGCGUUGUCUGAGGUGCUUCAACUGUCUGACUUCAGUGAGUCACAGACGUCUUAGUCAUAAGACCAAAGGCCUAAAUAUAACUCUAUUGCAAAGUUUCAAGUUCCUUAAUAACAUUCCCGCUUUCCGCUAUUGUGAACAGCGCAGCACUGAACACCCUUGUGCAUUCUCCCACCAUCCCCUUAAGGGCAAAUACCUACAAGAGAGAUUUCUGGGCCACUGAAUAUAAAUGUUUUAUGAUAAUAUUUUUACGUCUUCAGGACACAUGGGCGAACUACACCUGAGGUUUUGAUUAUGUCCCUACCAACAGGGAGCACCUUCCUUUAGCUGACUCCAGCUUUUGCCUCUCUGUAGUCCUUGUCGACUGAAUGGUGAAAGUCCUGUUAGCAUUUUUCUGUAGUGACUAUACUUCCAUGAGUCCAGUGGAUGUUGGAAUGUUCUCUUACUCUGGAGGCCGCUGACUUUCCUUGCUGAGAGCUGUAGGGCAGUAGGGACAUUGACCCUUGCUCGUAUUUUUCAUCUCGAUUCAGUAUGUCUUUGCAUACAGAGAUUUUCUAUUUUUAGGGCAUUAGAUUUAUUUAUAAGGAGCCCUGGUGGUACAGUGGUUAAGUGCUGGGCUGCUAACCUAAAGGUCAGCAAUUUGAACCCGCCAGCCGCUCCACGGGAGGAAGAUGCAGCAGUCUACAGGCUUGGAAACCCUAUGGGGCAGCUCUCCCCUGUCCUGUAGGGUUGCUAUGAGUUGGAAUUGGGUCGACGGCAAUGCAUUUGGUUAGAUUUAUUUAUAUUUGUCUUCUCAUUUUCUGUUUUUCAUGGUCUAUUUAGAAAGACCUUUCCUAUCACUGGGGCUCUGGUGGCGCAGUGGUUAAGCACUGGGCUGCUAACCAAAAGUUCAGUUCAAAUCCACCAGCUGCUCCUUGGGAACCAUAUGGGGCAGUUCUCCUGUGUCCUGUAGGGUUGCUAUGAGUCAGAAUCGACUCGAUGGCGAUGGGUUUGGCUUGGGUUUCGGCUUCCUAUCCCUAGAUCAUAAAAAUGUUUUCUGCUGUAUUUCUAUGAUGCUCUCAUUUGAACAUGUGAAUCACUUUUGUAAGGACUAAAACAGGAAUCUCAGCUUAUUUUUUGAACAGGAGACAAGUGCACAGGGGGAAGGAAAUACAGCUGCUCAAUCUAGUUAAGUUUCCCUGUCAGAGAUCUUAUUUUUUUAAGUAUACCUUCUGCUUGUAUCUUUUUUAUUUUUUUAAGCUAAAAUCUCAUUGAAAAGUACAUAGUGAAUAUACAGUGAAAAAUAAGCCAAGGCUUUUCCUGUCCAGAUUCCUAGGCUCCUUGACAAUCUGAAUUCUUGUCUCCUUUCAAAGUCAUUCCACAGUGAGCAUCUCUGAUAGCGGCUAUUGAAACUGCUUUGCACUUGAGAGGUGGUUUUAUACAGGAGUGCCUCGCUUUCCAUUUAUUUUUUUUUUAUUGAGGUAUAAGAAAUGCAUAGAUCCUAAGUAUACAGCUUGAAUUUUGGCAAAUGCACACAGACCUCUAACCCACAUGCUUAUCAAGAUAUGGAGUCCCUGGGUGGUACAGUUAAUGUGCUUGGCUGCCGACUAAAAGGUUGGGAGUUGGAGUCCACCCAAAGGGGCCUGGGAAGAAAGGCCUGGCAAUCUACUGCUGAAAAAUUCGCCAUCAAAAACCCUAUGGAGCACAGUCGUAUUCUGACACACAUGGAGUUGCCAUGAGUCAAAGUCAACAGCAAAUUUUUUUUUUUUUUUAGAGACCAAAGUUUAUUAGUGGUUAGCAGGGUUGAAGGGAGGAGGAGAGGGAGAGUCAUUGCUUAGGGUGAGAAGACUUUUAAUUCUCCUGAAAUCCAGAUUUCUGGGGUCCGUGGAGGUUGAGGUGACCCACCCAGGCCAUUGCCCUGACGGUGAUCUUUUGAACCUUGAGCUUCGAGUAGACUGGUCUCCUAAAAAUCACCUUUAAGUCAAACAGUAGUCUUGCAAAUUGGUAAAGACCGUUUUGCCUUGGGCAUUGGGCUCUUUUGAAAAAUUAUCUAUGUGCAGUCGGUUUUGAGAACUUUUUUUUUAAUGGAAGUAUAUAUAAAACAUUUCCAUCACCCAAGAGUGUCCCCUUGUGCCUCUUCCCAGUUAAUACACACCCCCGCCCCCACCACCACACACACAGGGGCAACCUCUGUUCUGAUCCUGUCUCCAUAGAUGAUUUCCUUCUGUUCGUGUGCUUAUGAAUGGAAUCAGUACAGUGUGGGCUUUUGGUUAGCUUCUUUCUCUCAACAUAGCGUUCCUUAGCGAGGAAUCCAUGUUAUUAGUGUUAAUCAGUAGUUUUGUUCUUUUUUACUACUAAGUAGAAGGAAUGCCCUUAUUUUAAGUUGUUUAUCAUUCUAUUGUUUGGAAACUUGUGUCCCUCAGUGUGUGGUUGCCAAGUUGUGGUACAUACAUUUGUACAUGUGUGUGAAUCCAUAUCUAGGACACAUUUCUAGUAGUAGAAUUGCUGGGUGAAAACUUUAUAGAAUUGCCACAUCCUCUCAAAACCCAAUGGGGAAUGCACUGAAUUUACAGACUUAGAGGGGAAAUGGACAUCUUAAAGACAGACCUGUCUAAGAACAGGGUCGGUCCUUGUUUAUUCAAAUAUUUGCGUUCCUCAGAACAUUUUAAAAUGUUCAUAUCAAUCUUGGCAGUUUUCUUGAUUCCUAGACAUUUAGUGCUUUCAUUACUAAUGGAAAUAGAAUACUUUUGCAUUUUCUAAACUGUGGCCCUUUGCUUACAGAAAGAUCGAUUUGUAUGGAUUAUUGAUUUUGUGUUUUUUUUUUUUAAAUCUAGCCAACUUUGAAUUUCCUUAUUUUUGUGAUACUUUCCCAGUCUUGGUUGGAGGUAUACACUUCUCUGCAAGUGAGGAUUCACUGGUGUAAUGAGUAGAACUGAA